UCAUUAGGGACGGAUGACACCGGCUCACCUCAUGAUUUCAUUCCGCUAAAAGCUCCUUCCAGGCACAACAGUUUCUUCAUGGCGUCUCCGCAACAGUCCAGGAUUCAGUCGUAUCUGGAGAAGAAUAAAAUCGGACCCCUGUUUGAGGAGUUGAUGACCAAAUUGAUAACUGAGACUCCAGACCAUCCAAUCCCUUUUCUCAUUGAUCACCUGCAGACCAAGCAAGACAGCCCUGGAAAGCUGCACAGAGCUCUCUCUGGCUCCGCAGCACUGUGGGCACAGAGCUCCCCAGAAAGCAAAAACACCCGAAGGGAGUACAGCAACUAUGAGAAGCCGUGGCAAAUUCAUCCAAAGAAACCGAAAAAAUCAAAGAGCGACCUGGCUGUUUCAAGUAUCUCUCCACCUUCACCUGAAUCCAAAUCCUUGCCGCGGUCCACCGAGUACCCGCCCUGGGACUGGAGGGAGAGCCGGGAUUUCGAUGAGCUCAACCACAUUUUGCAGGAGAGCAAGAAGCUUGGCAAGGCCCUGGAGAGCCUGUCGCGCAGCAUCGCCAUCUCCGACGAGCUGGACCAGAAUUUAGGGGGUUAUAAUUCGGUGCUGCGCCCCCGGGUGGUGGGGGAGUGGAUCGGCCGGGCAGAAGACGACGCCGACCCCCUGGCCGCCGAGAUGCUGCACCCCCCGACCCCCCGGGACAAAACGGAAGCGUGCUGGAGCGCAGACAGCAGCCCUGCGGGAAGCCUGAAAAUGGAAACAAAGAGCAAAGGUCUGAAGGAGCAGCAGCAGCAUCAUAAGAAGCUCCUGGCAGCCAUGCUGUCCCAGGACUCCUUCGACUCGGUCCACAGUCCCGCCCCCUCCGUCGUGGAAGAGGAGAUUGAGGACGAGGACGACGCCAUGGAGCUCCUGGAGGACCUGGACGACCUGCGGAUGGAGGGUGUGACCGGGCUCGCUCCGUCCGGCAGCAAGUUCAGCCAGGGACGCAGCUCCUACCAGCCCGAACCGCAGGCCAAGGUUACACUCAACAUCUGCUCCCGGUGUGCCAGGCUGCAGGGGGACACUCUAUCGGACAGCAGAUCUGAAGAGGAGCACAGGCCUCACAUACCUGAACAAGCCGUCCCGGACAUCUCCUCGCCAUUGCCCGGGGUGGACACGCUGGCGGGACGGCUGCAGGAAUGCGAGGCCUUAUCUCAAGUGUCGGGCUCUCGUCAGGCUGUCUGGGAUGCUGAUCUGAAGGCUGUGCGAGGUGGGAGCUCUGUGGGACAGACGGGCCUGCUGCUGGGCGACUCCCUCUUCUCCAAAGAGCUGGAGAACAUGGGCAAACAGCUCGCCGAGGUUGAGAAGGACCUCGCCAAGCUCGCAGAAGUAGGAAAGUUGACGAGCCGGACCUCCAACAAUCCGCACAGCAGCCUGCUCCACACCCCCCUACGGCACAGAACCCUCCCCGACACGCUCCCUCUGCCCAGCCUCCUCUCCUCGCGGCCGCAGUCUCCGGCCGGCGGCCUCACGGGGAAGCCCUGCGGCGUUGGCCUCCCGCUGCUCAGCCCCAAGCCCACCUCGCUGGUCACGGGCCGGACUCAGUCUCCCAGCAACCCCGGGAGCAGGACUCAGACCCCGAGGACCCCCAGCAGACCCCUGACCCCCAAUAGCUUACUGUCCCGCUCCAGCUUUAACCCCGGGUCCCAUAAAGAGGUGACCUUCAGGAGGUCGCGGAGCCGCCCGGUGACGCCCACCAGUCAGCCGACUCACCCCCGCCCGCUGCUCACCCCGCCGGGACUCAGCACCACAGACAGCCUCGGUGCCAGCCUUCGAGCCUAUCUCUCCGAGGAUGAGUUUUACCAGCAGUUACAGGCCAUCAGGCAGCCUUGGCAUAUUCCCAGCGACACGGACAGUGACAUCCUGGAACCUCCUGAACAGGAUAAGAGUGGAUCACGAGAUGCCAAUAAAAGAUCUGUGUUUUCAGGCCUAUAGUGAUGAAGACCAGAGACAUCCAGCCAAUCAAACUAAUAUGCAAAACCACUGGACAUUUUGGAUAUGUGUGUAUACAGACACUUAUUUUUUUAAUUCAUAUGAAUGAAAAGAAUGAUUCUAUACUUUUUUCACUGAUAUUUCUUAGAGAUUGUACUGUAACUCUAUGAAAAAACAUGAAAAAAACGACUUCAGAGUAUGGAUUAUGCCAUUUAUUUUUGUUUGCUCUAUAGCAUGCGACUGAACCUAAGGAAAACAGAUGCAUUUUGUUGUUGAUAGACUCUCUUUUCUAGGCCUAGUGAAUAUUCACAUUGUGAGGGCAGCACACCCGUAUUAGGAAAGUGUUUAUUGACAUGCACUGUUAAAAGAUUUAGUGAAUUUCUAAGGUAGCAACUACGCAAGUUAUGGAGGGAAAACAUGGAAUGCUGUUAUAAUAAUUAAAAUGAUUUGG